CGAUUCAUUCCGUUUUGCCUUGCCACUACUGUUCUGUUCAUCCGCUUGCGUGUGCUGUGUGGUGUCGAUUUUUCUCAAAGUGCGAUCAGCUUUUCUGUGAAAAAGGCCAUUUCCCCCAGGAACCGUGCAAAAUGUUUGCCCGUACGCUGAAAACCGUUGCUACCCAGGGAGUUAAGAACUUCUCCACAACAAGCCAGAACAAUGUCAAGGUGGCCGUUUGCGGUGCUUCCGGUGGCAUUGGCCAGCCUCUGUCCCUCCUGCUGAAGCAGAGCCCCCUGGUGACGGAAUUGUCCCUGUACGAUAUUGUCCACACGCCCGGAGUGGCCGCCGAUUUGUCUCACAUUGAAACCCACUCGAAGGUCACCGGCUACAAUGGGGCGGAAAAUCUGGAGAAGGCUCUGGCCAAUGCCGACAUCGUCAUCAUUCCGGCCGGAGUUCCCCGCAAGCCGGGCAUGACCCGUGACGAUCUGUUCAACACCAACGCGUCGAUUGUGCGCGAUUUGGCCGCAGGAUGUGCCAAGGCUUGCCCCAAGGCCCUGAUCGGAAUCAUCUCGAACCCGGUCAACUCCACGGUGCCGAUUGCCUGCGAAACCCUCGCCAAGGCCGGAGUACUGGAUGUGAAGCGUGUGUUUGGCGUAUCCACGUUGGACAUCGUCCGUGCCAACACCUUCAUCGGUGAAGCCGCUGGCGUCGAUCCCCAGAAGGUCAACGUUCCGGUCAUCGGUGGCCACUCCGGUGUGACAAUCAUUCCCGUCCUGUCGCAGGCCACCCCCUCGGUAAACUUCCCCCAGGACAAGAUCGCUGCCCUGACUGAACGUAUCCAGGAAGCCGGUACCGAAGUCGUCAAGGCCAAGGCCGGAGCUGGUUCAGCCACUCUGUCGAUGGCCUACGCUGGAGCUCGUUUCGCUCUGGCCCUGGCCCGUGCCAUGAAGGGCGAACAGAAUGUCAUCGAGUGCGCAUAUGUCCGCUCGGACGUUACCGAAGCCAAGUAUUUCUCCACUCCGCUGUUGCUGGGCAAGAACGGACUUGAGAAGAACUUGGGACUGCCAAAGCUGAACGCCUUUGAACAGGAACUGCUGAAGAAGGCUCUGCCAGAGCUGAAGAAGAACAUCCAGAAGGGCGAAGACUUCGUCGGCAAGAAGUAAAGCGAAUCUAUGUCAAAUUACUGGGUGGCACUAUAAAUUAUCGAAAAAAAACAUCUGUUAAGUACAACAACUACAACAGCGCAUUUGGCAGGCUACCUUAAAAUUUACCAUCAUCUUUUGAUAAGUCAACUACCGAUAUUAAGUAUAAUUGCUGCCCUAAGAGCAGUCAAACCAAUCAUCCGUAGCUACAAAAAAUCGAUAUUGUUCUCUCUGGUAGACAAAAAACACCUUCCAAAGAGUAAGUCAUAGUGAAAAAAAGAAUGGAAACCAUCUAGAAUGAAAUUCGUGAAUAAAGUUAUGUGUUAAGCUACUUC